GCAUCGUCAUUGCAAAGUCACACACGGAAAUGAGUACUGACGUCAAACCUGCUCAGUUCCGUUUGCCAGCAAUUUCAUAAGGAGUGCAAUUUCAUAAGGAGUUCAUCAGUUUAUAAGGUGUAGAGUGCCCUAUGUCAAGUGUUUUUGCCGAGGGAAUAUAUUUACGCACUGCCAGUUCACGGUGUUGUGGAGACGGUGUAGUCUGUCCAUUGUUUCAAAAACACAUGCGCGCUGGGACGGUAGAGUUUGAGCAGAGUUGAAGUUUUGACAGCUGAACUGCCUGCUUCACCCACAUAGAGAUUAAAGACAGAACAAUGCAACGCUGUGUGCUGCUUGUAGGCUAGUACUGUUUAGUAUUUUACGCGUGCUUAAUCCUAUAGUAGGGCCUAUACGCUGUAGUCUUGGGGAAAAUAGCUUUCACCAAAGGACAUGGCAGCGUUUACCUCAAAUCCCAAAGCGGACAUGGCGCAGCGCUUUUUUAACUUCGCGGCGCAGGGUGAUGUAGCGCAGGUCACCUCUUUGAUUUCCAACUCGAGCUUCUUGAUCAACCAACGUGGAGAGAACGGGUGGACGGCACUGAUGCUUGCUGCAAGAAAUGGACACUUCGAAGUUGCCAAAGUUCUUAUUGCGAAAGGGUGUGACUUGUCGCCUGUGAACAAAUCUGGACAGACUGCUUAUGACGUUGCUCGUUUCUGGGGCCACAAGCACAUUGCUACGCUGUUGUCCGGCGGUGGGGUUCUGGACAGGUGUCCACAGAGCACCUCUCUCAAUGUCGUUCAUGGACCUGGGGAGAACAUUUACUUCAAUCACGAGUUCUUAGAUAGGUCAAGCAACAAGAGGACAGACACUAAGUGGCUCGCCACCAAGAAGAUGUGUCCACAUACAGUGUACAUCGUUUUUCACAACCUGAACCCCCUUGUGACACCAGACGCUUCAGACGACAGUAACGGCAAAGGUGGAGAUAACGUCUCCAACCAGCUGAGCAAACUGCGUCCGUCUUUGGUAAUGCCACUUCUGGAGCAGCCUGGCGUCACAGUGGUCUUCCUAGGGGUGGAGAAGGAGAAGCGGAAUUGUGUGCCCAACAGCACCACCACUACCAUGGCCAUGGUGGAGGGGGAGGGAGGAGAGGAGGAGGAGGAGAAGGAUGAUGAUGGACUGACUGCGUGGUUCGCUCUGAACACAGAACAGGACCCCACAGAGCUGCUGAAGCUUUCAGACUCAAAAAGCUUCUUUCUCCAGCCGCCAAUGCCUGGCCUGCUAAUGCUCAGUGAUAAUGAUGCAAGUAUUGUUGCCCAGUCAAGGGCUAUGCUAGCGUGGCACAGCAGAUACAGCUUCUGUCCCACCUGCGGGAGUGAGACGACUGUAGAUGAGGGAGGACACAAGAGGAGCUGCCUACGAGAGGGCUGCCGCAGCCUGAAGGGCAUCCACAACACCUGCUACCCACGAGUGGAUCCAGUAGCCAUCAUGCUUGUCAUCCACCCUGAUGGUAACCAGUGUCUGCUGGGAAGGAAGAAAGUGUUCCCCCCUGGCAUGUUCUCCUGCCUUGCUGGGUUCAUAGAACCAGGUGAGACCGUUGAGGAGGGUGUGCGGAGAGAGGUGUGGGAGGAGAGCGGUGUCCGAGUUGGACCCGUGCACUAUGUCUCCAGCCAGCCCUGGCCCAUGCCAUCCUGCCUCAUGAUUGGCUGUCACGCUGUCGCCUUGACAACUGCCAUUAAUGUGGAUACCAAUGAGAUUGAGGAGGCACGUUGGUUCACACGACAACAGGUCAUAGAGGCGUCUGUGAGAUCAAAGGAUGCCGUUUUCUCCAUGCCUCCGCGACAGGCCAUCGCCCACUACCUUAUCAAGCACUGGAUUGGCAUGAAUGCUAAUUUAUAAACACAGUAAACAUGAAUGGUCUCCUUUACCACGUGUCUACAACAGGGUCAGACGUGGUACACAUUAAAUAUUGAAAGAGUAUUAUUGAACCUCACGGACAUGCUCAAACAGACACCUGCCCAUACAACGUAAAGCCUUACUUUUACUGCACUCAGGUAAAAAACAAACUGUAAGGACAUUUUUAAUAGCAGACCGCUGGUUGACUGGGAAACAUGUAAAUGACAUAGGCUAAGCGGAAAUAGUUGUGUACCUUGAAUGAAUUAGCUGAAGCACAUUUUACAGUACAUUU